UUACAGAGCUGAACACAACUUAAAACUAAAAACUCUAAAAAAAAGUCAAGGUACUUUAUAUAUAUUUUGUAAAAGUGAAUCCGGUUCGAGUGUAAAUUUAUAUACUAAAAAGGUUCGGAAUAUAUAUAUAUCUGUAUCUAUUUAUCGUGUGACAUAUAAAGCUAUCCAACAUGAGCACUCACGCUCCGGAUAUACUCGACGACGACAUAGAUCGGGAUCUGGCUUGCCCCAUAUCCCCUGCGCUCAGCGAGGAGCUGGAUCGUCCAAUCGAUAUAUUGGACAUCGAUCGGCCAUGUAUCGAUACCACUGUCGGAUCAGUGCCGGCUGAUAACGCCACGUUCAUCGAGUCGGACAAACACGAUGUUUAUCUACAGAGCCGUUGUGACUCGAGCACAAAUCCUGAUCGUCCAUACUCGCUGAACGAUAUGGGCCCGGAGGCCGAUCUGAAGGAACCAUUGGGACCUUGCGGAGAUUAUGUGGAGCAGUCGCAUAUACCGUGCAUCAAGAUCGAUAACAAGGAUAGUUUCUAUUCACGCAAUCCGAUUACCGGCUCCGGUCUUAAUGGCGAUGGCGUCGGCGGUCUGAAGCCAAAGAAGCUCAAGAAUCGAGAGGGUAACCCCGUCACCGGGGAGGGUUACAAGCCGGGCGCCACCGACUUCAUACAGCCGCCCAAUCAAAUGGGCGGACAGCCGAUGCACCCUAACACGAAUAAUAGAGUCCCACCUGGCGGGUAUUCGUCGGGACUGUGGUAAAUAUUAUAUCCAGAGCGUUUUGACCAGCCCUGCAAGCUGAAACCAAACAUCAAAUACAAAUUAAAAACGCAUCGAAGAUGGUAUAUCGAAAGAGCGAUAUCGAUGACAAUCGCAAGGCCCGAUUUUAGCACGAACAACUACAAAAAUUGCGGAAAGGAACUAAUAAUACUAAUUUAAGGACAACUGCAAUGUUACCUAAGGAAAAUUCCAAACAGAAACAAAACAAAAAUCUCCGAUGAAAGAACAGGCUGCACAUGAGAAUACCAAAAAUAUACCAACUUUAUAUUUUUAUCAAGAAAAACCCAAUAGCUGAAAAAUACAGAUAGAAAAAUCACGGAAGAAUCGCUUACACAAAAAAAAUUUUAUAUUACGCUGAAAAAUUUUAAGGAAAAACUAAAUUCUAUUUCUUGGCAAAAAUACAAGAAAAUCACGACGAACCAAACAAAAGACUGCAUAGAUGCCAAUAAUACACGUGAAAAAAUACUAACUGAACUCUAGGUUGAUGUAACUAGACGUAUACCACGCGAAUCGUACUAAGAAAUAAUGGAAAUCUAUGUUAAUUAGCUACCAACAAAAAAUACCAAAUUAUAAUUUAUACCAAC